AUAUUGUGCAUGAUUCCGGUCGCCCAGUCGGAAGGGUUUGGCCAGCGGGAUUAUACUCGCCGCUGGUGGAAUGGCCCCGCUGCUGCGGAUCUUGUGCGUGCACGGUUACCGGCAGAACGAGCGGGCGUUCCGCCAGCGGACCGGCUCCCUGCGGAAGCUGCUGCGGAAGCGGGCAGAGUUGCUCUACAUGUCGGCGCCGCUCAGGGUGCCGGCGCAGCAGCUCGCCGCUGCUGGAGACGAGACUCCAUCAACAGAGACAGAGGCAGAUAGUCGUGGUUGGUGGUUCUCGAACCCAGAAGAGGAGAGCUUUAAUGCUUUGGACCAUGUUGAAUCCUGCAAAGGAGUAGAGGAAUCACUGGAGACCAUUGCCAAAGCCAUGGCCGAGCUGGGCCCAUUCGAUGGUAUAUUGGGCUUUAGUCAAGGAGCAGCUCUCGUGUCCAUGAUCUGCACCCUCAGGCAGCAGGGAGACCCCAGGUUCCAGUUUAAUUUUGCAAUCCUCAUCGCAGGUUUUAAGAGUAGGUGCAAACUGCACGACCAUUUCUACAGUGAGCCCAUUACUCUUCCUUCUCUGCACGUAUUUGGUGAAACCGACCGGGUCAUCCCUGGGGAGCUGAGCCGGGAGCUCUCCACCUCCUUCCUGAAUCCUACAGUUCUCACUCACACAGGAGGACAUUUUGUCCCAGCCUCUGCACCUCAGAAACAGGUUUACUUUGAAUUCUUGGAGAAGUUUCAGCAGAAGUAAUCGAGGCCAUAAAUGCUUGUACCAUUAAAAAGUUUACUGGAGAUAUGAUGUGUUCAAGUUUUAUUAAAAGUGAAGAAAAAGGAAAUCACAAAUUAUUAUUGUUGCAAAUUGAAGGGGGAGUAUCCAUUUUUAAAGAAUAUGUUAGUAGCUUUAUUUGUCACAUGUACAUCAAAUCAUUAAGUGAAAUGCAUCAUUUGCAUCAAAGAUGAACAGAUGCUGAGGGCAGCCUGCAAGCAUCACCAUACUUAUGGCACCAACGUACCUUGCCCACAACUUUCUAAUCCCUUAACCUGUAUACCUUUGGAAUGUGGGAGGAAACCGGAGCACCCGGAGGAAAGCCACAAGGUCACGGGGAAAAUCCAUAGAUGCUGCCUACCUUGCUGAGUACCUCCUGAGUAGGUGCUUAGACAUUUAGGACUGUCAAAGAAGGAUUGUGGUUCUUUGAAAUUAUACUCCUCAGGGGUAUGUAAGUGCUCAGUCAUUACGUGUGCUGUUGAGAUAGAGGUUUGGGCAAGAAAAUAUGAUUGAGGCAGAGAAUCGAUAGUUUUGGCAAAUGGUUUUGAGAUGCACUACAGGGUGCAACUCCUUUAACUUGUUCCCAUGUCAAAGGGACCCUUGGAGCACAGUGGCACAGCAGUCAGAAGUGAUGUCUCAGCUCUCAGCAAUCCGGAUUUGAUCCUGGUCUUAAUGCGGUCUGUGUGGAGUUAGCUCUUUCUGGCUGUGGCAAUGCGGGUUUCCACCGGCUGCUUCCAUUUCCUCUCAAAGAUGUGCUGUGAGUUACCCCUGUAUGGGUCAGUGGUAGGAAAAUGGGAGAAGUCAAUGGGCUUAUGAGAGAGAAUACAGAUAAGUGAGGGAAUGGGAUAGCUCUGGGAGCUCGCAUACAUCCAGUAGGCUGAAUGGCCUCUUUAUAUGUUUUAUGGAAAUAUAAAGAACAAACUGCACUAGUUAGCAUAAUACUGUCACAGCAGCAGUAAUCGGGGUUCCAUUCCCACCGCCGUCAGGAAGGAGUUUCUGCAUUCUCCCUGUGACCAUGCGAGUUUCCUGUCACAUUCCGAUGAUGUAUGGGUUAGUGGGUUAAUUAGUCACAGGGGUGUAAUUGGGCAGCACGAGUUUCUUGGGCCAGAAGGGUUUGUUGCCACGCUGCAUCUCUAAAUAAAAAUAAAUAUUUGUAUUGAUAAGUUGUUUG